GGCUGUUGCGCGGGCGGGUUUCCCGCGCUCGGGCGGGCGCGAUGGCGGCGGAGCGGGCAAUGGAGCUGGUGCGGGAACUGCACCGCGCCGCCGGCGGGCACCUCCCGCCCUUCCGGACGGACGUGCUGCGGCAGGCGCUGGAGGAGAUGCGGGCGCUGUACGAGCGGAACCAGGCGGAUGUGUCCGAAGCGAAGUCGGGACGGACAGAUCUGAUUUUCCUCAUCCGGUUCCGGCACUGCUGCCUGCUCCGGAAUCAGCGCUGCCUCCUGGCUUAUCUGUACGACCGGCUGCUGCGGAUCCGAGCACUGAGGUGGGAGUAUGGCAGCGUUCUGCCCAACACCAUCCAGUUCCACAUGUCAGCUGAGGAAGUGGAGUGGUUCAGUCGGUACAAAAAGUCUCUGGCUACCUACAUGAAGUCAGUAGGAGGAGAGGAGGGACUGGACCUCACACAGGACAUUAAACCUCCUAAAAGCCUGUACAUUGAGGUGCGGUGUUUAAAGGACCAUGGGGAAUUUGAGAUUGAUGAUGGCACUACCAUCCUGUUGAAGAAGAACAGCCAGCAUUUUUUGCCCCGAUGGAAAUGUGAGCAGUUAAUCAGACAAGGAGUCCUGGAGCACGUUCUGUCCUAAGGGUGCAGAACAGAAGGGACACUCUGCCUUGGUGGCCUGCCCACGAUGGGGACCAAACUUUGGUGUGUGCAGGACUUCAGACACCUCAGUAUUUCUGCAGAGGCACCCUGUCACUCCUCCUAACAGCCUUUGGUGCCUUAAAACCACAUUGGUCAGCUCCUCAUGAGCAUGGGGUGCAUAGUGGUAAUGGARCAAUCCAGGAUAGUGGGGAGGAGGCACUAUCCAAGCCCCAUAACCAGGGUUUGUGAAUGCAUUUUUGUCUGGAGUAGUUCAUGCUGUUCAUGGGAGUAAGACACCAGCUGACUGGGCUCUACAAGCCAGGAAAGCUCUGUGGCUGCAAAAUAAAGAAUUGCUUCAAUCUCUUGGGUUUUAAGAGUUAAUGUGGUGGUGUUCAUUCAGCACUCUAAUCUCCAGCCAAACCCAUCUCGAUCCUGCAGUGUGAUGUUAUU